AUGACGGUGGUCUUUCCAGGCCUAGCGUUUCUUGCCUUUCAUCCUCUCCAGGCCCUGCACUUCCUCCAGUUGGCCUCUCCAGGCCCGGCUCUUCCUCCCGGCGGCCUCUGCAGGCCCAAGUUGCCCUCAAGUUGGCCUCACCCCGGCCCAGCUCUCGCCUCUUGGUGGCCUCUAAAGGCCCAGUUCCUCAGGCCUCCCAAUGGCCUCUUUAGGCCCAGCCCAGCUCGUGCCUCUCGACAGCCUUCCCAGGCCCCGCUUCUGACUUUUGCCGGCCUCCCCAGGCCCAGCUCACCACUCACAAGAGCCUUUUGGGCCCAGGUUGUCCCCUUUGGCGGCCUCUCCAGGCCCAGAAGCUCCUCAAGUCGGCCUCUCCAGACCUGGCUGCAGCCUCCUGGCGUCCUCUCCAGGCCCAGCUCUUCCUUCUGGUUGCCUCUACAGGCCCAACUCCUGCCUCACAGGAACCUCUUUGGACUGAGCUCCCGCCCAGCUACAAGCGGCCUUUGUAGGCCCAAAACUUCCUCACCCAAGCUCUCCAGGCCCAGCUCAGACCUCAUGGCGGCCUCUCCAGGAGGCUCAGCUCGUGACCUCUGCUGGAGUCUCAAGGCCCCUAAACUUCCUCCAGGCGACUCCUCUAGGCCCAGCUGGGGCCUCCCGGCAGCCUUUGCAGGCCCCCACAUCGUCCUGAAGUCAGCCUCUCCAGUCCCAGCUCCGGACUCCUGGCUGCCUCUCCAGGCACAUCAUGGGGCCCCAAGCCCUGAAUUUCCUCCAGCCGGCCUCUCUGGGCCCGGUUCUUCCUCCCGGCGGCCUCUGCAGGCCCAAGUUGCCCUCAAGUCGGCCUCUCCAGUGCCAGCUCCUGCCUCCGGCAGACUCUGCAGGCCUAAGUCGUCUCCAAGUCAGCCUCCCCCAGCCCAGCUCUCGCCUCUCAGUGGCCUCUCCAGGCCCAGCCCCUGCCUGUGGGCGGCCUCUCCAGGCCCAACCUCUACCUCGCAGUGGGCCCUCUCCGGGCCCGCCUGUUGCCUCGCCACGUUGCCCUCAGGCCAAGCUCCUGCCCUUCAGCGGCUUCUGCCGGCCAAGCUCCUGCCUCCCAGUGGCCUCCGUGGGCCAAGCUCAUGCCUCGAUGGGGGCCAUUCCCGGCCUAGCAUUUCCUGCUUUGCAUCUUCUACAGGCCCUGCACGUCUUAAAGUCGGCCUCUCCGGGCCCAGCUCUUCCCCCCGGCAGAAUCUGCAGGCCCAAGUGGCCCUCAAGUCGGCCUCCCCCGGCCCAGCUCUCUCCUCUCGGCGGCCUCUCCAGGUGCACAAUUUCUGUCAGCUUCUCCAGGCCCAGCUCCUCCUCCCUCCCGAUGUCCUCUUUAGGCCCAGCCCAGCUCGUUCCUCUCGGCAGCCUUCCCAGGCCCCGCUUUUGACUUUUGGUGGCCUCUUCAGGCCCAGAAGUUGA